AUGGAAUACGAGGACGUUUUGACUAAUCAACCUGUUGUAAUCGAUAAUGGCUCUGGGGUGAUUAAAGCUGGUUUCGCCGGUGAUGAUCAACCAAAAUGUCUUAUUCCCUCAUAUGUUGGACGUCCAAAACAUGUACGUAUUAUGGCAGGUGCUGUAGAAGGUGAUGUUUUUAUUGGACGUAAAGCUCAAGAGUUACGAGGACUUCUCAAAAUAAAGUAUCCGAUUGAACAUGGAAUUGUAUCUGAUUGGGACGAUAUGGAACGUAUAUGGAAAUAUAUUUAUGAGGAAGAAUUAAAAACUGCUCCAGAAGAACAUCCAGUCCUUUUGACUGAAGCUCCACUUAAUCCAAGAAAUAAUAGAGAUUCUGCUGCACAAAUGUUUUUUGAAACGUUCAAUGCACCAGCUUUGUUCACAUCAAUUCAAGCUGUCUUGAGUCUUUAUUCUUCAGGUCGAACAACUGGUAUAGUCCUUGAUUCCGGUGAUGGUGUAACUCAUGCUGUACCAGUAUAUGAAGGAUUUGCUCUUCCUCAUGCUAUUCGUAGAGUUGAUAUUGCAGGCCGUGACGUUACAGAAUAUUUACAAUUACUUCUUCGUAGAUCUGGUUAUAAUUUUCAUACCACUGCAGAAAAAGAAGUCGUACGUACCAUAAAAGAAAAGACUUGUUAUGUUGCAAUAAAUCCGAAUAAAGAAGAAAAAGAUACCAGUAGAGAAUUUAGUGAUUAUGUAUUGCCUGAUGGUAAUGUUGUCAAGUUGAAAACUGAAAGAUUUAAAGCACCCGAAAUCUUAUUCAAUCCAGAAUUGAUUGGAGAAGAGUAUGCAGGCGUUCACCAAGUUGUUGUUGAUUCAAUUAAUAGAGUAGAUUUAGAUUUAAGAAAGUCUUUAUUUGCAAAUGUUGUGUUGUCUGGUGGAUCAACACUUUACAAAGAUAUUAAAAUUAAGAUUUAUGCACCUUCAGAAAGAAAAUAUAGUACAUGGAUAGGUGGAUCUAUAUUAGCAGCUCUAAGCACUUUCAAGAAGAUGUGGGUUUCAGCUGAAGAAUAUCAAGAAGAUCCUGAUAUCAUUCAUAAAAAAAGUUUCUAA